UCCAAGCUAGGACUCUUUUGUAAUUAUUCACGAUGUAAGGGUAUCUUGUGCAAAAACACUACAUUUGAAAGCAGACGACCACACACACUGAAGUCACACACUCACCUCGUAAGACGGCACUAAAGCUUUGCUCCAACCAGCAUCUAAGACAAAACAUGACAGCGGUAAGCAAAGACUCCUUUGACACGGCUGCGGCCGAGAUGAAAGACGGGAGGGUAGCCAUCGUGACUGGGGGUGCUGAUGGUUUCGGUAAAUCCUUCUCACACGCUCUACUCAAGAAGAAAGCCAAGGGUUUGUGCAUAGCUGAUUUCAACGAGACGACUGGAAACAAGACACUUCGGGAACUUGCGGAGGAGUUUGGAGAGGAUCGUGUCAUGUUCGUCAAAUGUGACGUUACCUCUCAGUCCGAAUUCGAAGAUGUUUUCAAAAAGACGAAGGCGAAGUUUGGAUGCAUCAACUUGGUGGUGAAUAAUGCUGGAAUAAUGAACGAAGACAACUGGGAAAAAUGCGUCGACACUAAUCUGAAAGGUACGAUGAGAGGAACCAAGCUUGCCAUCAGGUACAUGGGCCCGGAAGAAGGUGGUGAAGGUGGAAUGGUCAUCAAUGUUGCAUCAAUGGCAGGUCUUCAAGCGGCAAGUUUCAUGCCCACCUAUACCGCUACAAAGUUCGCCAGCGUUGGAUGGACUAGAGCUCUUCAGGCUGACCCGUGCUUGAAGGCGAUUGGAAUAACCUUCGGCGCUCUGUGUCCAGCAUUUGCAAACACAGCGAUCAUUGAUGGAAUAGCUCGGUUAAAUAGUGAUGUACAUCGGGAUAUUGCUACUGCUCUCUUGCAACAUAUGGGACUCUUAGAGGUGGACGAGGUUACCGACUCUUUUCUUCGACUCGUUCUUGACAAGUUCUGGGAGGGAAAGGUGCUUGGCUUGACGAAGUUAAAUGGUAUCGUGCAGGUCUAAAUGAGAAUCACUGCCCAAUUCAGAAUUAAGGAGUUACUAUUAUUCUCGCACUGUUUAAUAUUUAAAAGGCCGGUGUCCCAGUCCCAGUGAAAUACCCGCCGCAGAUUCUGUUCCCCCACGGAACGUGGGCUGAAGGAGCGCGCUAUCAGAAGAGAUUUGUACACAGUUUGCCACAUGGGGGACCAGAAACUCCUACCUCACCUGUGUCAGAUGCAAUUGUGUCCGCCAUGCAAUACUGUCCGCUCUGGACUCCCCUGCACAUGUAAUCGUGUCCGAGGCUAUGCAUGUAUGAGCAUGCACGGAACCUACGUGUAUGCAGCAUGAACAAACACGUAUUUUAUGAUUGCAGCGAACACCAAACGGCCGAACAUUUCCCAUGUCAUUCAUGACAUGCACUUAGCU